AAAUACAUACUAAUACUGACAUACCUCUUUAGUUUUUUUUUAAAGUGGAUAGUAGGUCAUUACUCAGUGUAUCGCGAUAUCGCUGUAAUUAGCAUUAAGCGGUUUUUCUCGAUCAGUUAAAAUUAUUCAAAUAAUACACAAUGAAAAAUAAUUUGUGUAUCUGUCGCAUAUUCGUUUAAAUCAUGUAUGAUUAAAACAAUAAUCAAGUAUUUUCAAGUAACUUGACAUUUACAAAAUUAACAACAAAAUUUUAUCGUAAUUUUUGAACCAAACAUUAAUCAUGUUUAGUAGAUUUAAAUUACACGAAAAAAGGUACCUAUUAUUUUAUGGAUAAAUAAAUUUUUUAUAGAAUAUUAUGGUAUUAUUUAUACAAUUUGGUCAUGAUAUAUUUAUUUAAUUAAUAUUAAUUUUAAAUAGUUUAUCUAAGUACUAAUCAAUUUUAUUCUAAUAUGUGAAAUUCACAAUUUGUUUUCAGCAACCCAGAAAAUUUGAUUGAAAAAAAGAAGAUAGGAAUUGAUACUGAAGAAUUUAAGAACAUAACAUCUAACAUUUUAAAAACGCAGAAUUAUUUUCGGCAGUAAGCUAUAUAUAUAUAUCCAUAAUAUACAACUUAUUUAGUUUUAAAAUGUAUAUGAUUGUUUAUUAUAAAAGAUAUUUCUUAAGUUUAAAAUAAUAUUAUUACAUAACUAACUAUUCAAUUUUGGUUAAAUUUCCUUUUUAAUUAAAAUAUACCUAGUUAUCAUUAUUAGUAUCAUACACAUACUAGGUAUUUAUUAAUAACAUUUUAAACAGUGCCCCUGCCUUAUUAUUAUGUACCUACUAAACAAACAGCAAUUAAUUUUAGAUUACAUAGAUCAUCUAUAUUUAGAUGUAUAACAAAAAUCACCCUAUAGUUUGUAGCCAUUAAUAUAUUUAUUUUUAUCAAUGCUUAAUGUUUUGCUUACUUUACUGUGAUGCAAUAAGCAUAGAAGUAUGUAACAUGUUUAAUUAUUUUACAUUCGUCAUUAAUUGUUCAGUUAUCCUGAACUGAACCACUCAUCAAAGUGUUUCAGUGUUGAAAUCAUGGUUUUCACCCCAAAAAUGUCUUUAUUUUCUGUUAUUUUACCCAAAUGUUUGAUGAAAAAAAAAACCAAUAAAAAUGUAUUUUUAUGUAUACAAACCAAUACAAAUUAAAAAAUAUUACAUAAAUUAUAACAUUAUAAAUAAUUUAUCCUUAGCCCAUAACUUUGGUCAUGUGCUAAUAUUAUUUCCCACUUGAAUUAAAAGUAAUUCAACACUUAAUUCAUCUUUAUUUAUACGCUCACAUAAUGUUUUUUGAACCUAGUGUUUUUUAAAUUAUUUUAAAUAUUUUUUUUGAUUGUCCCAAGCUAUUUAAUGCUAUCUUUUGCUAUCAGCUCCAACCUCAAGUUUAAUUUUUUGAAUUAAAUGAACCUAUAUUGUUGGAUGACUAUGUUCUAUCAAGUGUGUAAAGUGAUUGUUCCAUGAUUGACAUGUAUUAAUAGUUCUGUAUUCAUUAUUUAAAGUUGCUUCAAAGUCAUUUAUGUUAGAAAUAAGGGAUUAGUUUUUUUAAAUUUCAUGUUCAUACAUACCAUCAUUACCAUAUGUAAUGUCAAAGUAAAUUAAUAAUUUAUUUACUUCAGAAAUAUUUGUUUAUUUUAAAAAAUUAAUUUCUUCGUAAACCCGUUAAAGGGGAAGAAAUUCCAGACAAUCAAUUAUUAUACAGAAAUGACUAAAUUUAUCAUCAUUCAAAUAAGCUUUAAUUUGUUUGUAAACCUAACGCCUGAACCAAACACAUUACUAGCUACUAUAAUUACAGCCUUUUCAAAAUUGAUAUGUAAAAAUCUGAGGUUGGGGAACAAAUGUUGUUGUUCACAUUUUUCAAGAAUGGUUUUAAGCAUAAUUUGAAGCUGUCCUAUGCUCUAACAAACAAUAUACAACAGUAAUAAAAAAAUAAUUUUUGGGAACUCUUGUAACAUAUAAUUGUAUAAAUUAAUCAAAACUGAGGUUAAAAUUUGCUAGUUUGCUUCAGUCAAAAUACAAAGUCCUUCAUUCUUAAUUAAUGAAUAUUAUAAUUCGUUCAUAGUUUAAAUCCUAGUUGUCAGAUAGCUAAAUUCGUUUCCCUCCAUUCAAUGACCAAUCACCCAAAAUACAAAUUAAAUAUUAUUAAUAUUUCACAGAAUCAGUGUUUAGAAAGAACACAUUUUUGUUGUGAACAAUAAAAAAUACCAAAAACCGAAAAAAUAUUUCUUAGAUGUGAAUGUGUAGGAUAAAUAAAGUUAUUUCAUUUAUAUCUUUAUACAAAGAUUAUCCAUUGCUAACAAAAAAAAAUUCGAAGAAACAUUUUGAAAUGCCAUAAUUUUUACGAUUUAAAUUGAAAUUUGAUCUUAAAACCCUUAUGAAAAAAAAACUAAAGCGUUAAACUUAAAUAUGUUAAAUUUUCAGGCAAUCCUCUUAAGUCAUAUAAUUUUAAUAACAGAUACCUACCAAAUAAAAAUAUGAAAAUAAAUAAUAAGUUAUUAAAAUUAAAAUUUAAUAUUUGAGAAUAAUUAAUACCUACAUAUAAUAUAAAGUUACACUAUUUUUAAUAUUAUACAAAUAAUUUAUUACAUAUAUUUAACUUCAGUUUACAAAUCCUCUAAGCAAGUAUGUUUAGAACGAUUUAAAUUGCUAUGUUGCUUUUGUAUAACACAUUUAACAGAACUUAAGUUUGUUAUAUUAGUUAAAACUUCAUCCAAAAUUUUACUUACUGCCUCAGCAAAAAUCUGAUUUGAUUAAUUGUUAGUUAACUUAGCACAAUUUUUUAUAUUGUUUAAUUAAUUUUGGAUUAUAAAUAUCUUUCAUUUUAUAUAAUACUGCUUCAUACUUGUAUUUAUUCUUCAUACUACAUUUCCAUCAUACACUAUUUUAUUUAUAGUAUCACCUUUUGUUUUUAAUUUAAAAAUUUCGCUCAUUUUCUUGACUAAAAAAAAUUGUUGGAUUUAAAAACACUAAUGACUUCACAGUAUUUACAAUCAAUGCAGACUGAGCAUUUGACAGAACAACCAAACCAUUUAGGGAAAAUCACUUUUAAAACUAUAGAAAGAUGAGUAAAGUUUAGUCGUGAUAAAUGUAUAAUUUAUAACUGUAAUAAUCUAUAUAAUAUAAUACGGUUAGUUUCCUAAUACUGAAAGAUAAUUAAAGAUUAGGUGACCCAACUUAAUAAAUUCACCUUCCAAAAAAAAAAUUUCACAGACUUUUUACCUGACUUUUGUUUGAAGAUUCUUUUUUUCUAUAUCAUUAUACUAAAAUGUGAAUGUUGCUAUAAAGAUAUACUUCUUGUGAAGUCUAAUUUUGUCCUGUUAAACAAAGGCAUUUUAACGUAUGUGGACAAACUAACUUACUGAUUUUUAUCUCAUGGAAAGUAAAUUCUUUCAAAUUCAAAAUUUCAAAGAAGUUUGGAAAGAUAUCAGUAAAAAAACAUGAAAAUAAAUAUCUAUCAUUAAUUUUUAUUCAAUCAACUCAAUGUAUUUAUUAUUGUAUUCAUAAAUAUUAGUACUAUUAUAAGGAAAUAUUUUUUUUUAUUAAAUAUCUACAUUGAUAUUUUAAUUCUCUGAAAUACCCCUUAUUGAACCCAUAUUGUUAAACUUGUCCCCUAUUUUACAUUAAUGUAUGAUUUUGUUAUUUGGACAAUUAUUUUUACUUACCAUCACUCUACUGUAAAUAUAUUUUUGUAUUAAUUUGUUUAAUUAAUAUAAUAUUUUAAUAAUACUCGUAUGUCAAUAUUUACAGAUCUGAUACACUGUGUGAUGUUAUGUUAUUAGCUGAUGAUGGUGUAAAAAUUCCCGCUCAUAAAGUCAUUUUAGCAUCUGGUAGCCCCGUAUUUUUAUUGAUGUUUAGUAGUAACUUCAAAGAAAAACAUGAAAGUAUUGUUUCCAUUAAAGAUAUAGAUUCUGAUAUCUUGGAAACUAUUGUUAAAUACAUUUAUACGUUAGAAUUGGAUAUAACAGAAAAAAACAUUGAGGUAUUUUGAUUAUUAAAAACGUAUAUAUUUUUUCCUAGAAAAAAUUUUAAUUAUUAUUUUUUUUAAUUAAUUCAAUUAUUAUAGAAAUUUUUAAAAGCGGUUCAUUUCUUUAACUUGGAUGGAUGUGUUGAUAAAUGUUGUGAUUUUAUUGAAAAUGUUAUCAACUUGGAGAAUUGUUUAAAUUUUAUGAAAAUGGCUAAUCUUUUUUCUUACCAAAAACUUUAUAAUUUGAGCUUAUCAUUUAUUCUUGACAAUUUUCCGUAAGUAUAAAAUCAUAAAUAAUUUGUAUUUAUUUAAUUAAACUAUAUGUUUAUAAUUACAGUAAAAUAAAAGAAUCUUCAUUGUACGAAUUGUGUCUUGAACAAGUUCAAACACUCAUAUCCAACAAUUACCUUGUAAUUCAAUCAGAAGAUCAGGUCAAUACAAUUAUUUAAUCAAAUUGAUUUUUUUUUAUUGUUGUCGAAUAUUAGUUACCUAUUAGCUAUUAUCUGUAAAAUAUUUAUAAAUGUUCGAAAUGAAAGAAUCUAAAUUUUAUUUUCUGUUUUUUUGGAAACCAAGUAAGUAUUAUUGAAUCAAAAUUUCUAUUACCACAUAUCUAUGUAAUAAAUUAAAAGUUGUUAUAUUUGUUGUUUAGAGUGUGAUGUAUGAAACAGAAAUAGAAAUAAUGGCGAGAAUUAAGUCUGGAAAUAAAUGCUUCUAUGGUCUUGCUAAAUUACUAGGUUCAUGGUCACUGUCAAUUGACUUGAAAAUACAAUUAUACAUUACUCUAAUACAACCAGUUAUCAUGUAUGGAACUGAGACUUGACCUUUAAGGAAAGUUGAUGAACGAAAACUCUUAGUUUCGGAGAGGAAUAUUUCAUAUUAUGAAAAAAUAUUUGGACCGGUAAAGGAUAUAUCUAGGGGGGAGUGGAGGAUUAGGAAAAAUGCUGAAUUGAAAACACUCUUCUAAAAACCGAAUAUAGUGGAAACAAUAAGUUAUAAUAGAUUACAAUGGGCUGGACAGAACUAAAAUUCUCUUAUACACAGUUCUAGAAGAUCCUACCAGAAAAAUACCACAAGGAAGACUACGUUUGAGAUGAGAGGAGAUAUCGUAAGGAAGGAUAUUGAAGUGUUAGAAGGAGUUCUAAAUUGAAUGAUACAAGCAUCUAAUAGAGUAAACUAGAGGCAAGGUUGUAUGUCUGAAUGGUCCUAAAGGCUGAUUUACCUAAGAAAAAGAAGUAUCAUAACUAGAGAAUCUAUAGAUAUAUUAAUGUCUAAUAUUUAAACACAAUACUUAAAAUAUACACCAUAGAUAAUCUGCCAGACAGAUAUCAAAUUAUUAUAGUUUUUUUUAAAUUUUAAAUUAUCAAAUAAAUAAUGAACAAAAUAUUAUAGGUAAUUUUAUAAUUGGACAUUUUAAAGUUGCUAAUAAAAAUUGUUUAUCAUAUAUUGAGCUCUCUACCCCCUAAUAAAUAAUAAUCUAAAUGCACUUCAAAAUUUGAUUAUCUUAUCUUUAACUUUAAAUAAAUAUAAUAAAUAUUUAAAAAUAUAAAUUUUAAAAAAAUCUACUGAAUUUAAAAAGAAAUAUGACAAUUAAAAAAAAAAAAUCGAUCACCGGUUAGUGAUAAUUGUUAAAAAUUUAUUAACUUAAAUUAAUACAAUUUAUAUAGGUAAACUAUUAACAUUUUAAUUUAGAGUUGUGAUCAUUCAUUUAAAAAAGAAAUACAUUCGUAUUUACAUUCAUCGAACAACCACAUUUAUAAAAAAAAAAAAAAAAAGAUGAAAUAAAAUUGUUUUAAAUACUGUUUUAUCAUGUCAUCAUGUCUAAGUGACUGGCCAGUUUUCAUUUACUAUCUGAGCUAUAUCUUUUAAUAUAAAUUUAAACUGAAUAUAUUUUAUGUAUUGGCAUUAUUACAUUAUUUUAUAGUAAUUUAUUUAUUUAUUUGUUAAUGCCAAACAGCAAUUUUAUGAGACAAACAUGUAUUAGUAGUAGCUACAAUAGGCUAGCAUAUAUACAUAAAUAUUUAUUAAAUAAGUUAAUUUAAAAUAACAAUAGUUUAAACAUAUACAUUUUAUAUUAACAAAUAAUUAGAUAAAUGGCCCAAGGAUUAAUUAUUAUUAUUUACAGCUCUGAACAUACAAUGAUUGUAACCUAUGUCCAUGUCUUGUGUGUUGAUACAUAUAAUUAUGAUAGGUUUCUUGAAGAAUGAGAGGGAAUUCUAAAAGGUAGAGCGACAAGAAAUUCAGGAACAUCCAUCGAACCAUUUAGAAUUUAAAAUAAAAAAUCUAAGCCCGCUUUAUCACGGUGAAAGGCAAGUGUAGAGAUAUUUAGAACCUCUCCUAUGUUUGAAUAAUCGUGAAGUUCGUGGUGAUAAAUAUUCAUUCUGAAGGCAAUACAGUUUAAAAAUGUAUUUUAUGUGUGUUUGAGUUGUAUCUGGUCUUACAAGAUACAGUUGUCAUACUAUUGAUCCAUAUUCAAGUAGAGUAAUAUAAAAGUUACUUAUAUAUAGGUACUAAUAAAUGAUUAUUUAAACAAUAAACCAAUGUUUGGUAUAAAUACAUUAUUACAUUUAAUUUGCAUUCACAUUCAUUUGUAAAAUUAAUGUUCAAUUAUUAUAAUCCACGGUGUAUUAAUUGAAUGUACUUGCGAAUGCAUUCUUUUUCGAACCUGCAAUUUACAUGUUUUCAUUAAUAAUUAAUAGUUUUUUUGUAAAUAUAAAAUAAAUUGUUGAUAACUAAUUUCAGGUUUAUAAUUUUGUUAUUGGCUGGACAAAAUUUGAUGAAAAAAAUCGAAAACAAUUUUUGUGGGAUUUGAUAAAAUUUGUAAGAUUCCCAUACGUUACAAGUGGUUUUUUUACACGCAUUUUUGAUGAACCUUUACUCCUAGAAUAUCAAUUAGGUAAGUUAUUAUGAUGUAUUUAUUUAAUGUAUAUUGAAAAUAUUUUGAAUGGUUACAUAAUUAUAAAAUAACAUAAUUCAAAAUCGUGUUUGAUUAAUUUGUAAUGUAUAAAAAUUAUAUUUUAUUGCAAUUGAGAAUAAUUAAAAAAAUUUUAAUGAUUAACAUCUUUUCUUUUUCAAUUAAUAAGUUUAAUUUUUAAACUAUAUAAAAUGUCUCUCUUUCUUAAUUCUAAAAUAGAAAUACAUUUAAUAUCUACAAAAAUUUAAUUCAAUUAUAAUUUUUUGUUUGAUAUUAUCAUUUGUUUUAUUUUUCAAUAUAAAUGUUCAUAAAAAAAAAUAUCUAAAAACUUAAAUAUAAGAACAUUAUUUGUACAACUACAACAGUUUUUUUGAUAUUUCAAAAAUUAUUUUUAAACCAGAUUAAAUAAUUAUUAAAUUAUGAUAUUUCACUCAAUCAUAUCUCACUGAAAAAUUAGAAUAUCAAAAAAUCAAUGCACUUGCAUAAAUAAUGUUUUUAUCUUUAAGUUCAAUAAUAGAUCAGUUCAUUCUAAUAUUGAAACUAACAGCACUGACUUGUCCUUAAUAAUUAAAUUUAAUCCAAAAUGAUGUCAGCAAUUGUUAAAUCAUUCGUACAGAUUUUUAACACCCUUACAUUUUUAUUUAUACACCCCAAACAAUAUAAAAUAAGUUUUAAAAUUAUGUGUUCUGACAUGACGUCAUAUGGAAACCCGUUUUUUUUAAUAUUUGUUCUAUCAACUCGAAUACCAUGCCAAUACCAAUGGAUUUAUACAGGCUAAUAACCACAAUAUUUUUUUUUUUUUUUUUUUUUAGUAUACAAUCCCAAAAACCUAAUAAAAUUGAUUUAAAAUAUCUUGGAUAUAUCCUACAUUUCCAACUUUUUACCUUAAAUAGUAAACUACCUGUGAGUAUUAUCCUGUUUUUUUACUUAAAUUUACUCAAAUAAGUGGUCAACCCAUAAUAAAAUAAAAAAUAUUUUAACUAAAACUAAGUCAAAUAUCAAAAUUGCUUUUUAUAAAAAAUUAAAGACCAUAUCUUUGUUUCAAAGAUUGCUUAUAUAAUCGAGCCAACUACCACAAUCUGAAAACUAAUUUUACUGUUUGGGUAUGUAUACAAAUGAAACAAUUGUGAUUAGAAAUCUAUACACAUUAUAAAACAAUCACUGACAUAGCUUUUGAGUCCAAUUUCCAGUAUACAGAGCUAAAAGAUAAAACAUGCAGAUGUGGUGUCCUAUUAAGUAAUAUUUUAAAUAUGAAAUUAUGAAAUGUAUAUUAGGUAUGGCAUCAACUAUGGAGACUAUGUUAAAUCAUUUUCGUAGCCCAGAAUAUCCUGAAACCUUUGAAGGAUUAACUGAUGUAUGCAAAAGGAGGAUUCCUAGGCAUUUGAAUAAACCUAACGUUAGUAGUUUUAUAAUAUUUUAUUUUAAACUUUUUAAUAUGAUUUAUAACAUUUUCAGGUGCUUAUAGCUAUUGAUAAUUAUGAUGUAUUCAAAGGUGUUAGUUACCUUAAAACUAAUAUUAAUUAUUCAAACUGGAUUUCUGGUUCUAAAAUAUUUAUACCUCCCAAUCAAUGUUCAAAAAUAGUUUCUUUGGAAAAUGGAAUUAUAUUUUCAAUUGGUGGAGAAUCAAAAUUAUGUACUUCUGUAAUAAGUGAUGUAUAUAUUCUUGAUUUAUCACAGUUUUAUAGAGGAUGGGUAAAUACAACACCUAUGAAUUAUGCUAGAAAGCAUUUUGGUGUUUGCAUACGUGACAACAAAAGUAUAUACGUAGUAAGUAUAGUUUUUGUAAAAAAACUAGAUUAAAUAUUUAAAAAAUAUGUAUUUUUAAUCUUUACAAGGUUGGUGGAGUUGACGAUGAUGGAGACCCACUGUCUUCUAUUGAAGUUUAUGAUAUAGUUAAUAAAACGUGGAAAUUACUUACUACAAUGUUAACACCCCGAAGUCACUGUAGUGCUGUUUACCACAAAAAUAUUCUUUAUGUUGUAAGUUUUUUUCAAAUAUUAUGUGUGUAAAACAUUAUAUAUUCUAAAUAUACAAAUUUUUUUUUAUUUUUAUUACAAAUGGACAAGACCAAAUAAAAAAUUAUAGUAAAUUAUACAAUAGUUACAUAAAUUGCAUAAUAUUGCGAUAAUUAGGCUAAUAGUGCAAAAGUAAAAUCGGUAUUAGCAGAACGAAAGGAACAAAUUAUGGGACAUUUUUUUUUAAAUUGAGGAAAAAUUAUUUUUCAUUUAUUAUAUAUGUAUUUAAAUUAAUGACUGGCAUAGGAAAAGUGGCAUCCCCAUCGCACGGUGCAUCUUAGUAAGUACACUGCAAUAGCCCUACCCUGACCUUAAUUGGUUGGGGUAGUCUGGUUCUCCAGGUUGAGGGUUGAGCGUAGGACUAACAACCUUACCUUGUUAAAAAACACAUUAUUACAAUUCAACCCAAACAGAAAUGAGUGGUAAUAAUGUUGUCACAGUAGAUCAAUACUUAGAAGAACCCUCUUUGGAAGAGAUUAAAAUGAUUGUCAAAAUGUUAAAGAGAAGAAAGACACCUGGAGAAGACUCAAUAAUGCCGGAACUCUUAAAGAAAGGAAGAAAUGCUCUAAUAAUGAAUCUAAAACAGCUGAUAAAUAAAAUAUGGAGAGAGAAAACAAUACCAAAAUCAUGGCAGGUUUCAAUACUGUCCUAAUAUAUAAAAAAGGACUUGUAAUGGACUGCAAAAACUAUAAGGGUAUAUCCCUACGUAACACAUUUUAUGAAGUUCUCUCAGACAUAAUUUUAAAUAGACUAAAAUUGUAUUCUAAAGGAUAAUAGGAGAAUACCAAGUAGGCUUUACAGAUGAAAAAUCCACCAUUAACCAAAUACAUAUUAUCAAACAAAUAAUGGAGAAGAGUCAAGAAUUUGAUAAAGACGUAUACCUGCUACUUGUAGAUUUUAAACAAGCCUAUGACUCAAAGUAAGAAGUACAUUAUGGAAUUUAAUGAUACAACUAGGAAUACCAGUUAAACUCGUUUGGAUAGUGAAAGCAUGUAUGCUAAACUCAAGGUGCAAAGUGAAGUUCAACUCAUCAAUAUUUUACAGUAAAUACAAGAGUGAAACAGGAUGAUGCUCUAUCUCCGAUCUUAUUUAAUAUUACAUUGGAAUCCGUAGUUAGAGAAAUACUGCAAACGACCCACAAGGUUUGAAUAUAGGACAAGGUAAACAGAUAACAUUAGCCGCAUAUGCGGAUGACUUAGUUGUUUUAGCAGGGACAGAGGAUAGUCUAAAGAGAAUAACAAAAUUUCUAAGUGAAAAAGUGAGAAAGAUUGGGCUUAUCAUUAAUGAAAACAAAAUCAUAUUCAUCAUUGUAUCUAGGAGAGAACAUCCACAAAACGCUAUAACAGUAAAAGACAUGUCAUUUAAAUACCAAAAAGUAGAUAUAAACUUGCUGACAGAUAGCCACAAAGAAAUACACAAACAAAUUACAGCUGGCAAUAAAUUCUAUUAUUCACUAGUUAAAUUAUUUAAAUCUAAAGAAUUAUCAAGAACAAAAAUAGGAUUAUAUAAGACCCUCGUUAGGCCAAUUGUACUGUAUGACUGUGGAGCAUGGGCGUCUACCAAAUCUAAUAAAAUCAGAUUAAUGAUCUUCGAAAGGAAAAUCCUGCGAAGAAUAUUUGAACCAAAGAAAAAUGAAGAAGGUACCUAUGAAAUAGGAUCAAACAGAGAACUUAAUACUUUAUUUAAUGAGCCCACUAUAGCUGUCACACACAAAAGCCAGGGAAUAAGAUGGGCGAAACACGUCUAGAGAGCAGAAUACCAACUGAUUUUGACCAUCACGAAAUGAAAACCGAAUAAAAGUCGACCGAGAGAAAGUCCUAGGCAACGAUGAGAGAAUCAAGUCAAGAAUGAUCUCAGGAUGUUGGGAAUUACAAAUGGUGAAGAACUGGCAGAACACAGAGAAGCAUGGAGGGAGAAGCAGCAAUUGGCCUAAAUGGCCUAGAAUAAGCUAAAAAAAAAAAAAAGAAUUAAUGCCUAGCCAGAUUAAAAAUUAAAAAAAAAAACGUGUAUUAACAACGUUUCUUAAAAGUAUUGAACUAAUAGUAUGUAAAAUUUAAAAUAUUUAUCUUAUUAUAUUUUAGUUUAUAUUUAAGACUGUUAGGAGCACACCUUUUAAAACUUAAGUCUAGUUCCGCUUAAGAUACUAAUAUUUUAUUUAUUUGAUUUGUAUUUUAGGUUGGUGGAAGAAAUGAUGAAAGUAAUUUGUUAAUAAUUGAGUGUUUUAACGAAUCAUUAAUGUCCUGGAUAAACUCAAUCUCCCAGUUAAAUGAGGGACAAAUGUACAACAUAGGUCUUACAGUUGAUAAAGAUAUACUUUAUGUAGUUGGUGGUUGUAAUCACAGAUAUCAACGAAAUUUGGUAGCUCUAAAUACCUUAUUCAAAUAUGAUAUUAAUAAGAACAAAGGAUGGUCUCGUAUGACAUUAAUGAAGCACAGACAAAAUUCAAGUUAGUAUAAAAAGAAAACUUACUCAAGACCAAAAAAUUUUAUAAUUUAAUUCCAUAUUUAGGUGCUGUGAUAAUCAAUGACAACAUUUUUAUUGUUGGUGGAAAGGACCCUGACUUGAAACCUAUACCGUACACUGAAAUUUACGAUACAAAACAUUGUUCAUUAAGAGUGCACCUUUCAGAAUUAACAACUCAUGCUUUAAAUGUAAUUGCAUUAAAUGAUCGGUUAAUGGAUAUAUUAGGUAUUUGGAUGAAACAAUGAGUCCUAGGCUGUUAAAAUUGGAUGCAUAUAAUAUAAUUCACUAUCUUUUAACAGUAAAACUUCUUAAAUAUAAUAUUUAUUUACUACUAAUAUUUAAAUUUUUAUUUAUUCAAUUUUUAUAAUUAAACAUUUUAUUGAUUUUAUUUUACUGACUAGAGGGAUAGAGAAGUUAUGUGUGUUUUUUUUUUCUUUUUAACUCUAAGAGCAGAAAAAACCCAAAUAUUUUCUUGCAAAAUCUUUAGUUUAAUUUAACUAAACUAUAAUUUAGAAAUAAAUGCAUUUAUCUUUUUUCCAAAGUUACAUAUUUGUUAAGAUAAAUUUUCUUAGAUUUAAAAAUAAAUCAUUUUUACUUAUUAUUUAUGUGCCAAAUAUUUCUUAAUUAAUUAUCUCUUAGUGUUUCAUAUAAUCAAUUAAUGUUAAUAAUUUAUAACUACUAUACUAUUAUUAUGUUUAUUAUAUUAUAUAAUCAAUAAUUUAUUAAUCUACCUUAUGAGUAUAGUUCAUUGUACAUAAUAAUUGUAUGCAAAAAGCUGUCCUAGGAUAAUGGAGUCGGAUAGCCACUGUUAUAAAGAGUGAUUUUUUUUAUCAUGAACCAGCAAUUAUCUCAGAAAAUUUUUAGUGAAUUAGAUUUCUGUUUUUCCCAAUUUUUAUAGAAUCGUUUAAGCUUUAUUUUAAAACCAUUUUUAAUUUUUACCUCUACUCCAUGAACCCUAAAUAAGUGCAUACUUUUGAUUUUCAAAUAGGACCCCCCCCCCCCUUUUAAACAGAUUUGAAUAGAGAACUUUUGAUAUAUAUAACACUAAUAUCAGAUUGACUGUUUAUGAGUUAUAACAGUUUUAAGUUUAGACCAGAGGAGUAGAGAAGGGUAAUAAAUUGCCUAUCUAUAACUCAAAACUAUAAAAAUCACCUUGUAAAUGAGAAGUUGUUAAGAAAAUUUAAUUUAUAUGUGUACGUAACAAUUAACCAUUGCUAACGAAAAAAUGAUUCUGAAUGAAGUUCGGUUGAUAGUGUUGAUUUUGCAACAAUAUAUAUAUAUAUCAUAUAGUGAAAUAUUAUAUAUUUUCUUUAGUAAUAUUUGUUUAAUAUUAUACCUAUUUUCCCGGUGUUAACCAUUUAUUAAGAAAACUGGAAGAAUCAAAAAAUUAUUAUUAUAAAUUACUCCCCAGUCAGAUUUCCUUUAAGAAAACUGGUACACUUGAAAAUCUGAGCAAAAUUUAAAUCUACCAGCAAUUUUGCUCCAACUUUUAAUGAUAUUAAUUUUUCUAAAAGAAAAUUUCACUUGGGAAGUACUUUGGAGAGGUCAUUUUUCGAUUUUCUCAAGUUUUUCCACCAAAUGUGAUAAACCGGAAUAAAACAUAAAAAAAACAUGGGAAAAUUGGUAAAAUCGGUACAACAUUAACAAAUAUUAUUGAAGAAAAUAUAUAAAGCCUAUUUAAUUAUUUUACCAUAAAACAACAUAAAUAUCCUUGACAAAGCAUCACUAUCAAUCAAACUCCACUCAGAAUCGUUUUAUCGUUGCUUACAUGUAUACAUUAAAUUAUCUACAGUGGCUGCACCAAUCCCUAUUAUCCUAUGAUGUCUUUAUUUAUUAAUUUUUUUUUUAUUGUAACGUGGUAAUAUAUCGCCAUUUAAUUUGUUAUUUUGUCUACAUUAUUUUCGUUGUUACUGUGUAUUAUUAGUAUUAUAUUAUAACUGUUACUUGUAAACCAAACCUAAAAUGUAAUCAAAGAUUUGUGACUGUCGCUUAUAAAUAAACACAUUUAUAGAAGUGUUACCUUUUAGCCCAAAAGUGACUUUUCUCUUUU